AUGAGCAAAAAGAAAGCACGACCAAAAAAGAACAAGAUACUGGACGCAAAGACACGGUUUCGAUUAUCAUCGACCACUGGUCAUCCUCUACCACUCGAAUCGAUCCAGCAGCGACUGGCAGGUCUCUGGAAAUCGAUGACCUGGCCGAUCUGUGUCAAGAUUGUCAAGGCGAAUAUUGCGCUCACGAUCGCCUUUGGUCUCUUCUUGAUCAAUCCUGUUCGUCAGCUAACAGGCGCCAGUGGUAUUCUAGCCGCUGUCGCAGUUGAGUUUGUGCAUCCGUCGAAAUCAUAUGGUUUUUUAGCAGAGGAUGUCGUGUAUGGCAGUCUGAUGUGCUGUCUUGUCGCCGCCUGGUCUAUCCUCGGUACGUUUUUGUCGAAUCUAGUACGAGAUCAAACGAACAAGACGAUGGCUCAACCCAAGGUAUGCGCCAUCUUGAUGUUCUUCUUGAUCAUUGGUUGUUUCUUCCUUAGCAUCAUUCGAGUCAGAGUAGAGAAGGCAAAUGUGGGCGGUAUGUUGGCAGCCACGAUCAUGGUUAUCAGUCUGACAGCCGCUGUUCAAAAUUCGGAGUUUACAACAGCUCCUACUCUCCAAGCAUUAAUACCUACCCUUGUUGGAUUUGCUCUCAUCUUUCUUGUCUUCUUCCUCUUUCCGGAAAACAGCACACGAGUGUACGUUGAACAAUUGAUCAAGGUGUUGGAGGAGUUUGAUUAUAUCACACAGCAUCAGGUAAACGCCUUUUUACAGUCAGAACAUCAUGUUGAUUCGGUUGCUGUAAUACAUAAAAAAGUCGAUCUCCUUGUCUCAACCUUGAUACAAAAGAAACGCAUGGUCCGAAGGGAGCCGUCGUACAACGUCAUUGCAACUACUGACGUCAGUGAACUCACUACCUUGAUCAAGCAGCUGCAUGUGCCUCUCAGGGGGUUGGGCAUCAGCCGUGCGAUGGAGGAAAACAUGCGAAAUGCAGAAAGGAAAGUGAUGGAGCGGGACAAUCAACAGGAUGAUGAGAUGCAUAUAAAGAGGCCUCGCAGCUACUAUGGUGGAACAGAUGAUGAAGAAGAAGCAGAGGCCUUGGAGGUAUCGGACAGUGAAGAAGAAGAAUCAACAGAGAGUAACGAGACGACAUGUUCAAGCCAGCAAUUGAGACAACGAAAAGUUCAAUGGGAAGACUCAAUGAAAGUGAUCACUUUCUGGAAAACUGAUUAUGACGAGAUACUGAAUGUUGUCAGGCCGACUUACGUUCAUCUGGCGCUCGCCUGUUCAGAAGCUGUUAAGGAAUCGAUCAAACGGUUGCGGCGCAUGCAGUCGUUGGAUCCUCGAUAUCAAGGCAAACCUUUCUUUUACAAGUACUAUUAUCGGUGGAAGGUGGGAGCAGAGAGAGAAAAAGAGGAAGAAAAGGCGUUUUAUUACGAUCCAUCCGUCGAUCCUUCAAUUCCUCUUUAUGAAGCAAUCCGUCAAUUCCAUGAGCAGAGACUCGUUGGCCUCAACAGACUCUAUACAUCUACAGGUGUACCCAGACGUAUCUUAUUCCUUUUGCUCACUUUUCAGUUCAAUCUACACACAUUUGCAAAGCUACUGUACACAUUAACAUCGCUUAUCUAUGAGCUUGACCUUAACCGUAGUCGUCGUCAACUCUGGUGGCCGCAUCUGUCGUUUACCAAAUGGUUAUUUCAAGAUCAUCAGACAGAAGCAUCCUUUGACCUAGAGACACCUGCUGCUAUUGCAGGAACCACACAUCCGCUGGCCAUCCAAGAAAGCUUGAGAAGGCGCGCCACAGUAAUCGCAGCGUCCGCAGCGACUCACCGACAGUCGUCCAUCGUAGACUUGGAAAGUCAAUUACAAAAGAAGCCAUUGUAUAAACUGGAAACACCUUACCGCGGGCGGAUCCGAACGCCUGAUGAGCACAGACAGGGCCAUUUGGAAAAAGUAGCGAUAAACCCCUGGAGGAGGAACGCGUUGGAUCCAAUGGACUAUCACGAUCCAGAUGCUGCUUACCCUACCACCAAACGACAGCACUUUUUUUAUAAUGUAUACCUAUUUAUCGUUCAAUACGUUUAUACUGCUGAUGCUGCCUUUGCCUUUCGUGCCAUCAUCGUGGUCGUAGCGCUAUCCUUGCCAGCAUUUCUCGAAGACUCAGUCGGUUGGUAUUCUGAAUCUCGUGGGCAAUGGGCUGUUGUUGUGGCUCUCAUCUGGAUGGGUCCUUCAGUUGGAAGCAACUUUUUUGCAACAGCAACGCGUACAGUAGGGACGUUCAUUGGUGCAAUUCAAAGCAUAAUCAUUUGGGAAAUAGCCAGAGGCACUAUCCCAGGCCUGAUCAUUUUGACGUUUUUCGUUAAUUUGCCCUGGUGGCUGGUUUAUAUCAAUGGCAAGUUUUGGAAAGCAAGUGGUCUAUUUGCAUUAGUAACAACAUCAUUGAUUCUUGGAUACACUUAUAAUUUGGACGAAGGAAGCAAUCAAACAACAAUCUUUGUCAUCACCUAUCAAAGAGCAGUGACCUGUCUUGUGGGUGUGCUUGCUGCACUUAUCAUCAGUGCCUUCCCAUACCCGAGGACAGGCAGAGUUGAACUACGGCAUCGUAUUUCAAACACCAUCAGUGACCUCGGCUCACUUUAUUCGACAUUUUUAGCACUCCUUGUUCGAGACACACCCGAAGAUCCAGAGACUCGACGGGCAGAUAGGGCACUAUUUCAGGCCAUCGCAAACAGUAUACGUCAACAGAUCAAAGGUGAACGCGUCCUUUUGGAUCAAAGCCGAUUUGAACCUACACUGCGAGGAACAUUCCCAGCACAAAAGUACCUUUAUCUGCUUCAGGUGCUCGAUAACAUAUUAGGUUUGAUCAUUGGAAUGGAGUUUGUCAUACAAAAGAUUUCAUUUGAAUGGAGAAUGAUGGUUGUUAAAGAUACAUGGCAAGCAAGAAAACAGAUGAUUGCGUCUUACUUGACCGCGCUUCAUUUAAGCUCUGAUGCGUUGACCAACAAGUCUCCUCUACCACCAUAUGUCGUCAGACCAACCAAGGCAAGACGUACAUUGACAAAUCUGGCGCGUAGAAUGGAUGUGUUCAAAGUACAGCAUUUAGGCGAAAGGGAAUACACGUAUUAUAGCACUUAUAUGAUGAACUCGGAACAACUCUCCGUAGAAUUAGAACUACUGGUGGCCACCGUUCGGGAUUUGGUUGGCCCAGAUAGUGUCAGCAUAUGGUUAAACUAUAAACAUUAA